AUGAGCGGCAACACCGAGACACCCGAGUGGAAUUCUGCGAAGCAUAUCAAGGAAUUGCAUAUGGCGUCUCGUAUCGAUCAAAGUGAUUCGGAUGAAGCUCGAGAUAAAGCGACGCCUUCUGAACAGGAUCCAGCGGCCUCGGUCGCACUCCCGAGUUCGACAUACACCUCAGCUCCGCCAGCUUCGACCCAGCCAGUCUCUCCCACCGCAUCCGUCCAGUCAGGCGCCUCAGCCUCUCUCAGCUACACCAGUGUCUGUACCGACCCAAGGUUGACCGCUGCCAGAAGAAAGCUGUUUAUGUCCAAAGUGCGAAGGCUGCCUCUUCCCCACCACUUAGGGCAGCUGCCGGAGGGCUUCCGCGAACUGGUUCGUGACAUGCGAGGGUUCGAAGUUGGAUGGAAAAUCAUAUCGAGCUCGGAGGUAGGCAAAGAGGUUGUGGAGACCGGGACAUCUUUACCGAUUGAACAUAUACUGGACGAAUCCGGAGAGCGAGCACUACAUGGAAGAGAUCCAAACAUACAGACCAUGAAGCGGCUGGUGCAGCGUACCGCGAGGAACGCUCAAUCGUUCGCCUCGGACGCCUCGUGGAACUGCUUCGUAAACGGCCCAGUCCUCACGGAAGCACUGCGGGGUUCGCGUUUUUCGGACAAGCUCAUUUGCGACGACAUGUGAGUUCUACAUUGCGAGUCCAGUGGUAUUUUACGCUGAUUCAAAUCAAAGUACCGAUUGUACCAUCUCGCAGGAGUUCUUUCACGAAGACGCGAACCCAAUUCCUACGAAACUUAAUUUCUUGUGCAUCGCAUUGGAAUUAGGCCGGCAAUGCAAGCGAGCCUUGUACCUCGCCGAGAUCGAGACCCUCAAUCAUACCGACUACCUCGGGCUUGUGUACAGUCCCAUCGCAAUCAGCAUACAGGCCAGGGCAGACGGGGAAACAUCCACCGAAGACACCCUUCAGCUUCAGACUUGGGUCUCAGCCCAAAGGAGGUUCCUACGUGCCGAGCUUCAGAAGUCUGGACGGUCCGCAACCCCAUUGCCUCCACUACCGCUUGUUGUGGUCCAGGGGAGCCGAUGGUGGACUUACUACUUUGUGGAGAACCCAAACCCUGCUGUGGACAAGGACCACACACUGUACACUGGUGAGUUCUUUGGCGACACGUCGACUUUGCGCGGCAUUUUCAGCCUUGUUGCUGGACUGCAGCGGCUCAUCGUCUGGGCUGAGGAGCAAUAUCGACCCUGGUUCAUGCAAAAUAUUGUCGAGCCAAGGUUCCCCUCACUGGUGUCUACGUCGGUCCCGACCGAUUAA